CCUACCUCCUACCUUCCAUAUGAACGAACAAGAGAGAGAAAAGAGAGCAUCGAUAAGUUGAAAUAUCACAAUACCCCAAUACCCGAAUACCACAAUGCCACCUUGAAUCAUUAAAUCUACCUACUCGCGCGCUACUUACUUACAUUCACACCUUUCAAGAUCGAAAAUAAAGGAUCCACACAUCCUCAUUUUGUUUCCCCGUCUAAUAAACAUCCCUGGAGAACCUCUUUCGCACCAUCCAACCCCGUCGUCAUCUUAUUAUUAUUAGUCCCGAAAUUUAAACAUUUCGCUUUUCUAACCUUAUCUUCCACCACCUACCUACCUUACCUACCUACUGUUAACUUGAGGGAGGCACCGACUGAGAAAAUUAUCACCCAAGGUCUGCCAUCAUCGAUCAUCAUCAUUGCCAUCAUCGCCGUCGCUCCCCAAGAGAUUAAUUAUUUCAAUGUGUCUCUCGCUUUGAUAUGAAACCAUCGCAAGCUAAUUAAUUCUUUUCCUUGUCUUUAGCUACCCCCCUUGCUCUGGCUGUAGUAUGGCCCCUUCCUUUCUGAAGGACCUUAAGAGGCGCUCCAAGCCCGUCGCAAAAACAACCGAUUCCAGCACUGGAGAAUCGAGUGCCAGUAAUGCAAGCACUGGCAGUGGCCUUCGAAGCAACACAUUCACUUCGAGUAAAUCGCAAAUCUCCUUGAAUUCUUCUUAUGGCGCUACAACACCGCCAACAAUGCCAAGUUCACAAUCCUCAUCCACCCUCAACGGCAUGGGAGUAACUCGGCCAGCUGUUUCGACGACGGGAUCAAACAGACACAGUGUAUCUGGAAUGUCGGGCUUAGGAUCUCCUUCUUCAAAAUCGGCUUUGCCUGUCUCACCAUAUUCACCGCGAAUUUUGUCCAUCACGGACAAUACAUGGGUCAGCUAUCCCGCAAGCCGCAGAACUGGGCAGAGCUAACACACUUUGACUAGGUAUAUCAAAAGGUCUUGUCGAUAUAUGGCACAAUAUCAGAUCCCUCAGAAGUACAGAUAGACGGGACCCUCACAGCUACUCGUCUAGACGAUGGAUUUCCUCCGACAUACUGGCCUGUUUCCGAGUCGCACUUCAAGGCACUUGUCUACCUUACCCCCGGCCCCAAUCGAUUAAGAUUCGAUUUUACAUCGCCAAAGCUUGCGAACAGCAACUCUCCUAACCCCAUACACUCCUCCUACCUCACUCUCCACAUGCUGCCAACUCUUACAAAUCCCCCGCUUCAAUUGGUUAUACUACUCGGGAAAGAUUCUCCUGGAACAUAUGAUGCCGUACCCUCGCGCAUCGAGAGGGAGGGCAAUGGCUUAGAUACUGCUAUACGAAAGUUCAGAAUGGCAGCUUAUCUGUACGUGUAUCUCUUCCCCAUAUAAACUUCUACUUCAUGGUGGCAAGUAGCCAGGUGCGGUUAUUGCUAGAAUUAGCAGCCAGCGCAUUUUUUUCACUCAGUGUCCAUUGGAAACAGGGUUUGUUUCCCCGAGGUUCUGGAAAUCGACAAAGUGUCAUAUCCUCCUAGAUCGGCUCCUGCUUCUUCUUCAUAUCAAAAUAUCCUUUGGCUGAGAGAAUGAACUAACGAUUACCAGUUGGCAGGCAUUUACUGCCGAACAGAUGUUUCGAAAUAAGCUUGGUCGGAGGACAUUUAGGUUUGAAGAGGAGUGGAUUACAGGUACUUCGAACUACAGAGACCGUGAGAUGGGGACCAUGAGAAGUGAAGCAAAAGUCCAUGUUAUCCGAAGCUCGAAAACUGUUGCGGAACUUCGACAUCUCGAUGUUGCCCAGCAGAACGAAAAUGGCACCCGCCGCGGGGAUUUAUUUGCCUUCGCUAGUGAGGAUGUCAAAAAUUACUUUAAGCCUAAGCCAGGUCAGAAACAGUAUGUGACGGUUCUUCUCCUGGACGCUCAUUGGGAGAAGCGGCACAAUAUGAUCACCGGUCAUGCCGCCCUUGGAGGUGGGGGUGGAGAGCUUCAGCUAGCUAUUUUCGGUAGCCAGGCAUUACAAAGUUAUCCAUCUAUGCUAGAAGAAGUUGUGCCGGCAUUUUCUGAUUGUACAGUCACGGACACCAAUUUUGUAGCGAAUGACUGUAAUGAAUCUGGCAGCAACUGGGAAGCUGCAAACAUUGGGAUAGGCGCUCACCUACAUGAAGUGGGCCAUUUGUUUGGAUGCCCUCAUCAGGAGAAUGGGGUAAUGCUUCGGGAUUACGUUACGUUGAACCGGUCUUUUACCACUAGGGAACCUUAUUCGACACGUACAAAAUCGAAGGGCGGGCUGGUUUUACCCAGAGACGAGUGCACAUGGCAUAGGCUGGACACUCUGCGUUUCAGAAGCCACCCGUCGUUCGCACUCCCUACUGACCCUCCACGAGUUAGCGAUGACUCCAUCCAAGUAUGGCCUGUAGAUAAUGGAAGUGUGAUCGUUACAGCGACAUCAGGGGUAGCUUUCCUCGAAAUAUUUACCGAGGGCGACGAUCUUUGUCGUAACUGGCAGGAGUUCGGAGACGGAAAUGGCAAUGGGCCUAUCCAACGACAGAUUACUCUGACGGAGCAAGAUCUAAGAAAUCAACUACCUGAGGACCGCCGGAAAUCGAGGCUGAAGCUUUCUGUGAAGUCAUUCGGCGGUGGUAGCCAGGAGGUUGGAGAUUUCGCCCAGCUAGUCUCCAAAGCCAGCAAGCUGAAGUUAAAGAAUGGACAAAUGGCUUUCAGAAGCAGUAAAUUGGGCGCGUCACAGAUGGAUGGCACCCAGCCGCAGGAAGUCAUAUUUGAUAGUUCAAUUUAUCAAACGAAACUGAUGAUACAAGUGAGGGUGUAAGUGUAUUGCUUCGAAACAGCCGAAAGGGUCAUACCGGGUCGCUGUUUUCCUCAUUUCCAAGAUGAUUCAUCCAAGUACGAUUACUGACAAGUCCUUUAGUUGGGCGGGCUUUGCGCUCGACGGUAUAGAGUUUAUUUACGAGGAUGCAACCUCGCAACUCUUUGGCAAGAAGGGUGGAUCGGCUGCAGAUUUUAGUCUCGGUAUAUACUAGGCUCAUCACAUAUCACGUCUCAAGUACUAAUAGUAUCAUAGAUACACGUCGAGGAGAGUAUAUUACCGGGUUCUAUGUCAGAAGUGGGUUGUGGUUGGACGGUAUUGCAAUUAUGACUAGUCUAGGGAGGAAGUCCCAGGUUUUUGGAAACCCUGUUGGCGGUUCUGGGUUAGUAUUUUCCCCACAUUGGGAUGCAUCAAGUGAGGUGUUGCGAACUUCACGACAGCUAGCUUAUUCCUUCUGGUUAUCCUUGUGCAUUCUCACUGAUACUCUCCAGGCAUACUUUGAUACCCCCGAGAGGAUACACCAUUGCAGGCGUUUCAGGAUCAUGCGCAGCAUGGAUUGAUGGAUUUGGCAUUAUUCUUACACGGUAAAGGUCUAAAGGCUAUUGCUGGAAGAUGGUAAUAGUACACAUUAAUAUUGUAUAAUUUGGCUUGGGACGACAUGAUUCGAAUGAUUUUUACAAAUUACCGUUAUCCCACGAUAUCACUUUCUCAUGGCGGCUAGCAACAAUACCUUGGUAAAUGCACGAGUGCAUAUGGCGUACGGGGGUGCAUAUCUACGGAGGUGGUUUAGAAUAAAUGACAGACUUUAGUCCUGAAGACCUUUUCAACUGAGAAUCAUUGUUAAAUGUGACUGUGAGCUGGACUGAAUAUCAUUGAGGCUUUCUAAAGGCCCUUGAUGAAGAAGCCGCUUGUAUUACGAAGCACAUAUAUGAGGACCAAAACUAA